GUGACGGCAUUAUAUUAGUUCGGUUGCAGUGCACCCAUGUGGGUUCAAUGUUGACUUGCAUAGAAACUUGUGGAGUGAACUCAGUUUAUAGUUAUCGUUUAGUUUGAAACGCGGUCUGUCGCGUCUCACCAUGUCUUCGUCUUUCUUUAUAAAGAAGAAAGAAAACCCCAAAUUUGUCAAGAAGGGGAAAAAUACACAAGCGCCGAAACGAAAGGGUGAUGGCGACUCGGGAGGAAAAAGUAAAGUGCAAGCGAAGAAAUCCUCCAAAUACAACGAAGAGAUUUCCAGCGAUUCUGAGACAGAGAGUCGUGUAGAGCCGAAGAAAAGACAGUCCAAUCAGGAGACUGAGUAUGAUGAGACGCCACAGGAGAAGAAGCUGAGAUUAGCCAAACUUUACCUCGACCAGCUAAAGGAAGAAGAGGAAAACAAAGCGGAAGAAGACGCCUUCGAGACUGAUCUGAUUGCUGGAAGACUUCAAGAAGAAGUGCUUGAACAGAAAGGAAAGCUUCAGCGACUUAUUGCCAAAGAUCUCAUGCCACCAGAUGCUUCAGAGAUUAGAGUGUUGAGAGGACACAAGCUUCCAAUUACCUGUCUGGUCGUCACCUCUGAUGACAAGUACAUCUUUUCUGCUGCCAAAGACUGCUCCAUCAUUAAAUGGGAUGUUGAAAGUGGGAAGAAACUGCACACAAUACAUGGUGGAAGGAAAGGCACAGAGGAUCGGCAUGUUGGACAUACUGCCCAUAUCCUGUGUAUGUCCGUAUCAUCAGAUGGAAAAUACUUGGCCACUGGAGACAUGAACAAACUGAUCAUGAUCUGGGAGGCAGAAACGUGUAAACAUCUGUAUAAAUUCACAGGACACAAAGGCCCCGUGUCAGGCCUUUCAUUUAGAAAGGGGACUCAUGAUCUGUACAGCGCUUCACAUGAUCGCUCAAUAAAGGUGUGGAACGUGGACGAGAACGCAUACGUGGAAACUCUCUUUGGGCAUCAGGACGCCAUCACAGGAUUGGACAGCCUGAGCCGCGAGCGCUGUGUGACUGCAGGAGGAAGGGACCGCUCAGUGAGGGUGUGGAAGAUAGCCGAGGAAUCUCAGCUGGUAUUCCACGGCCACGAGGGCUCGAUUGACUGUAUCCAGCUCAUUAAUGAGGAGCAUAUGAUAACGGGGGCCGAUGACGGCUCCGUGUCCCUUUGGAGUGUCAACAAGAAGAAGCCUCUCAGCACAGUGAAGCAGGCUCACGGUUGCCAUGGCGACACAGGGCUGGAGCAGCCUCAUUGGGUGGCUUCGGUCGCGGCGCUUCAGAACUCGGAUACAGUCGCCUCAGGUGCUUCUGGCUGCUCACACAACUCCCAGGUGCAGCUGUGGAAGUGUGGACAGAAUUACCGCGCACUGGAGCCUCUGUUCAAUGUAACAGUGCCCGGGUUUGUCAACAGUCUGAAGUUUUCAAGCUCUGGUCAAUUCUUGGUGGCAGGAGUCGGACAGGAGCACAGGUUGGGCCGAUGGUGGAGAAUAAAAGAGGCCAAGAACGGGAUCUAUAUCAUUCCUCUUAAACGGAAACCUCCUAACCCAGAGGAAGCCAAGUUGUCUGAAUAAUUUGGAUUGUUAAGUGUCUUUUUUAUUUUGUAAAUUAAAGGUUUGAAUACUGCCUAUGAA